AUGUCGGAUAAUAAUCUUUGGUUAAGUGAUGGUGCGUUUCAGUCGUCCAACGAUAGUUCGUCAGGAGAUAACUUCAUCAAUGGACUCUUUGAUCAAAGUCAAUUUCCACCUCAACAGACAACUCAACCUGAAUUUAAUUCUUCACAACAACCUGGAUUAGGACCUCAAAAUUCACAGAUGUUCAUGAGGCAACAAUCACAACAACAGGUACCUCAGCAACAACAGCAACCUCAACAGCAAUCGCCCCAACCUAUACAAUCUCAACAACCAUUAAGGCAACAAGUACAAGCUCAAUUAGACCAAGGUAGAAGAGAGCAGUUGAUGAGAAUGAGACAACAGGUAAUGCUGCAACAACAGGCAUACGGUGCUAAUCAAAAUCAAUCACAAUCCCAAUCCCAAUCCCAAACUCAAAAUAAAACUCAAGCUCAAGCUCAAGCAGCCCAAGCUCGUCUUAAAAGUUUAGAAAUGCGUGAUAAUUUACCUGGUUCUCAAGUCCCUACUCCAGUUCAACAACAAGGUACACCAGUUUUGAAUAACAAUGUUCCUCAUCAAGUUCAACAGACUCAAAAUUAUGGUAGUCCAAUGGUGUCUAAUAUGUCUCCAAGAGUUCAAAAUACUAAUAUUAAUCAAGGAUCUCAAGAUUUACAAGGUCCCCCUCAAAGUACUUUUCAACAAUCUUCAUCUCCAUCUGCCAACCAACAACAACAAAAUCAACAACAACCACAGGGUCAACAAGGUCAAGGUCAACAACAACAAGGUAUUCCAAGACCACAAGUUGCUCAAUUACAAAUGGAACUCUUUAUGACUACUCUUGAAGAUUUCAUGGCACGUCGUAAUACUCCUUUAAGAUCACCACUUUUUAUUAAUAAUAAGAGAGUCAAUUUAUUCUACUUUCAUUUAUUAUGUCAAAAAUUAGGUGGUCCACUGCAAUUGAUAAGAUGGUUGCAACAACCAAUGGGUCAACAACAACAACAAAGUCCAUGGUUAUUUAUUGGACAAACGUUACGUCUUUUGGAUGGGGUUAAUGUUGAAGAUGCAAGUGUUCGUGAAAGAUUUGAAAGAGAGAUAAGCACAUGUUAUGCAAACUAUCUUUAUCCUUAUGAACAAUAUAGUAGUACUCCAGAAGGUAGCAGAGAACUUCAGGGGAAGAGACAACAAUUUCAAAAACAAAUAAUUGCCAAGUUUCAGCAACAACAACUUCAAUUACACCAACAACAACAACAGCAGCAGCAGCAGCAGCAGCAGCAGCAGCAGCAGCAACAACAACAACAACAGCAACAACAACCGAUUCAACCGAUUCAACAAAUUGGACAACAAGGGCAACAAGGACAAUCACCACAUAUUCAGAUGACGCAAGGAAAUUCACGUUCUCCAGUUGUAAAUAACGUUCCAACACCAUCUAUAAAUCAACAAAGUCCAAUGUUAAGUCAAGCCCCAACCCCACAACAAAGGAAAAUGUCUCGCGUUAGCAACGCUUCUAAUAAUAAUUCCCCUAGUGUUGUUCAAUCUCCUUAUUUACAGAAUCAACAAAUUAGUGGUUCAAGAUCUAGUAGUGUUUUGGGCCAACAAACUAAUGCACCAAUUCAAUCACAACAUGCUACACAUCAACUCACUUCACAACAGCAGUUCUUACAACAACAGCAACAGCUCCAAAUGCAACAACAAAAUCAACUUCAACAACAGCAACAACAGCAACAGCAACAUCAACAGCAACAACAACAGCAACGUCAAAGUAGUCUUCUGCAACAACCACCUGUACAACAAUUUCAACAACAACAACCUCCUCCUCCACAACAACAACAACAACAACAACAACAACAACAACAACAACAACAACAACAACAACAACAACAACAACAACAACAUAGACAACAGCAGCAGUCACAGCCUACAUUGCAGGGUAGAGUUGCUUCUGGUUCUCAAUUGAUGCAACAACCACAAGUGAAACCAGAAAUAGAAAAAGAAGAACCAAAUAUCAUAAAGAGUUAUGUACCAUUCAGGAAAUUAGUGGAUUCACAUGGUGGUUAUAACAUCAAAGAAUUAUCUCAAAUUGGAGGAGAAAUUGAUACUGCUAAACCAGUUUACCUUUUUUCACCUGAAUUAGGUACUGUGAACUUACAAGCCAUAAUCAUGGGACUUAAGAGUAACUCUCAAAAUAAUGAAGAAGUUGUUAAUUCUUUAAAUACUUUGUUAGUGAUUACGGCUGAUAAAGAUUGUAUAUUAAAUAUCAAUGACUGUUUAGAAUUGUUAGAGUCAUUAUCGAUUUUAGGUUCUAAAGUUCUUGAUAGAAUAGUCUUGGAUAAGGAAGAAGAGAAUAUUUUUGAAGAUGCUACUAAACUUUCUGAUAACAAUCUUAUCAAUGAUAUCUUCGAAAAGUAUAAUAACGCUAGCCAUGGGUUUGCUAAUGAAGAUAUUCAUUUGGUAGUUGAUUCAUUAACAGGUGAAGUUGAUGAAGAUGAUGAUGAUGACUUUGAUUUAUUCUCUUUGAUGGAUUAUGAAAAAUCAUCGGCUACUACUCCAGAGACCAGUAAUGGUACUACUCGACGCAAAGAUUACGAUUUUGAUAUGCCAGAUUAUGUCGCUUCAUUGACUGACUUUAAAGCUGAAAAUAGUCAUCAUUUUAGUAAAAUUCAAGCAAAGAGUGCAGUUGAUGAAAAAGUGUUGCAAGUUGAUUUGUUAAUCACUAUCACCAUGAUUUUGAGAAAUAUUUCAUUUUUAAAUUAUAACAGUAUUGCAAUGGCUACCAAUCCAUCCUUAAAGAAAUUGUUAUUUUCACUUAUCAAAACUAUUGGGCUCCAAAAGGAUAAAUUUGUAUUCACCAGAAAGAGAUUAUGUUUAUUGAAGGAUUGUUUAUAUGUGUUGGAUAAUAUUGCUUUCUGUUUUGAAUUAAGAAGUUUAGAACAAGCAUUUUUAGCCUUUGCAUUAGUUUGUUCAUUUGGACCUGAUUUGGAUGAAUCCAAUUAUGAAAUUCCACAAUCAAAUCUUGAAAUGUAUUCCUAUUUACCAUUUGCCAUUGAUUUAUUAACCAAGCUUAUGGUAAGAGAACCUCAUAAUAGAUCAUUAAUUCAAGCAGUAUUAACAGGUACCUUAAGUAUAUCUUCCACUGCUAAUUAUUCCAAUGUUAAAUCUCUUACUAUAAAUCAUAAAGAUCAAGAAGAAACUAGAAAGUUAAUUAAAGCUUUCCAAAAGGGUAAAGAUUUUACAUCAGGACAAUUAUUAACUAAGGCAUUCAAAUUAUAUAUGAGUAUUAUUCCAUUUGAUGCUAAUAGUUAUGAAUUUUCGAAGUUUGUCUUUACCAGAGCUCCAACUAUUUCACAAGCCUUAUUCGGAACAAAGCUUCUUAUAGAUAUGAUUCCAAUUGAUGAUUUAUCAGGAUCUAUCAACAGAUUAUCAAUUAAAUGGUUGAUCCAUAACAAAGAAUUGAUAUUAUCUAAUUUUGCCAGAGUUGCUAUUGCUUUAGUUUCUGAAACUGGGAAGUUUCCUCGAGAAUCCAAUGAAUAUAAAAUUCUUACUUUGGUGUUAUCCAAAGCAUUAAUUGUUAUAAAUUCAUUAGUUAGUAAUCUUGUUUCUGCUAAAGAAGUAUUAUCAAAUGAUAAGGAAUUAUCCGAGUCAAUUAAUGAAAUUAAUAGUUUGACAGGAAUUCAACCUGACUCUACUCUAGCCCUUGAUACGUCCUUGGCAGUUACCAUUGAUACUAACUUGGGUAAAGAAGUUAUAAGACUUUUGAGAACUUUAAAAUCUCUAUCUUAG